AUGUUUAGAUCAAGAGGAUCAUCAAGAUUAAGACAAGGUGGUGUAAUUUUAUUAGCUCAACAACUUUUAUCAUCUGGACCUAUACCACCAAUAACUUUAAUAUUUAUAAUACUUCAGGCUGCAAUAUAUACAGGAUUUAUUCCAUUUAUGGAUCCAGAUAAAACUCAUAAUUUAUGUCUACUUCCAAGAGCUAUAUUAAAUAAAAAACAAUGGUAUAGAAUUAUUUUACCUGUUCUAAUGCAUGGUGAUGAUCUUCAUUUAUAUUAUAAUAUGAUAUCUUUUUUGUAUAAAGGAAAAAAUUUAGAAAGAUUAUUAGGUAGUAUUAGAUUUUUAAGCAUUCUUAUUACUUUUAUUAUAUCAACUCCUUUGGUACAUAUAUUUUUGGCAUGGGCUGGUGAAGAAAUUUUGGAUAUGAAUAUUUUUAUGCAUGAAUGCACAGUUGGUUUUUCAGUUAGUAAAUGA